AUGUACCAAAUGCACUGUUAUAGUGCCCGAUGUACCGAACUUCUCAUUUGCCUCAGACGUAGCAGUUUCAUCCUUACGAUCAGGAUGUCUCAGAUUCAUAUGCACUCUUAUUGUGCCGGAUGUAUCAGAUGCACGCUUACUGUGCUAGACAUCUCUUUGCAGACGAGACACUUCUUCAGACCAGACGCUCCACCUAGAGCCAAGCGCUUUCUUCCCUUUGAAAAACAGAUGCUCCCACCGGAGCCACACGCUCAAUGCGGAACCAAAAUGCUCUCACUAGAGCCGAAUGUUCUAUCAGACUUCAGAAAUUCAGAUGCAGAACCAGACAUUCUCACUAGAGACGGAUGCUUUUUCCAGAGCCAAUUGUUUCUCCUGAAGCCAUAUGCUUCAUUCAACGUCAGACGCUCUUUCCAGAGCCAUAUGCUUCUCCUAAAGCCAGACAUUCCUUCUGGAGCCAGAUGCUUCCUCUGA